CCCCCACUUUGUUAGUGCGCGUGAAGCCAUCCACACGAGCCGCUUGUGGCGAGAGACAGAGAGUCAAGAAAGGCGGGGCCCGUUUGUCCCGUGAGAAACGAUAACGAAAACUCUCGCGUCCUCUCACCUUCUCUGAACUCUGAACUCUGAACAACAACAGGAGAUGGCGACGUCGUCCCCGCCGCCGCCCCGCGUGUGCGUCACCGGCGGCAACGGGUUCAUAGGCUCGUGGCUCGUCAAGCUGCUCCUCUCCCGCGGCUACGCCGUCCACGCCACCGUCCGCGACCCACGUGAUCCGAAGAACGCGUUCCUGACGCAGCUGGACGGAGCCCCGGCGAAUCUGCGGCUGUUCAAGGCGGACAUGCUCGACUACGAGACGGUGGCGGCCGCGUUCGCCGGCUGCGAGGGCGUGUUCCAUGUCGCCACUCCAGUGCCCGACCAAAAGAUGGUUGAUCCACAGAAAGAGAUGAUGGAACCUGCUGUCAAGGGCACCAUGAAUGUGCUCAAGGCUUGCUCAGCUAUGCAAGUUCAUAAACUCAUCGUGGUCUCGUCCAUCGCCACUAAUUGCUUCAACCCGGAUUGGCCUCGAGAUAAAAUCAAAGAUGAGACCUGCUGGUCAGACAAGGAGUUUUGCAGACAGACUGAGAACUGGUAUUCUCUUGCAAAGACUGAAGCCGAGGAGAUGGCCCUGGAAUACGGAGAGAAGAACGGGCUGCACGUCGUCACAUUUUGCCCUGGUCUGGUUUUCGGCCCUCUGUUGCAGCAUGUGGCGGUCAACACCAGCAGCAAGGUCCUCGUCUACAUGAUAAAAGGAGGCCCCGACACGAUGAACAACAAGUUCUUUCCCAUAGUAGACGUUCGUGAUAUCGCCGACGCAUUGCUCCUGUUGUACAACAAGGCAGGGCCAUCUGAGAGAUACAUAUGCUCACUGGACCAAAUGGACCUAAAGGAUUUGCUGGCAAUCAUGAAGAACAUGUACCCUAGCUACACUUAUGUAGACAAGAUGGUUGAUGUGGAUUUUAACGUUGGAGUCACUUCGGAAAAGCUGAAGAAUUUAGGGUGGAAACCAAGGAAGUUGGAGGAGACACUCGCGGAUAGUAUCGAAUCCUAUAAAAAAGCAGGGCUUCUUGGGGUUUCAGAUGACGAACCAUGCCGGCUUCCAUUCAUCUACCGAAUGCCGCCUAUCCAGGAAUGAGAAUGAUCCCAUUAUCGUGACAUUGAUUCUGCAUUUGGCCUGAAACAUCGUGUAAUGUGUUUCGCAAGAAUAAGCAAGAGUUAGGUCUCUAUUUCUCGACUACUCCACUUGUCCAUUCAAGAUGGAUGCAAAUGCAAAUAUUGUGUAUUUGUGCUCACUUUCGUCAAGAGAAAGCGGACUCCGGAGAAGUACUCUCAAAGCAGUGACUCCAGAUUUAUGAACAUACCGUCUGGUCAAAAUGCUGAUAUGAAAGUCCAGUAAUGAGGAAUAAUAGAGAUAUUGUUUCUUAA